AAUACCAAGGUCCACAGUGUCAAGAGAAGCUUCCAAGAGCUUUCUUCUUUAUUAAAAGUAUCCCUAAAAAAUCUUAGACACCCUUGACAAAUAUUUUGAUUACGUCAUCAAAAUAUUUAACAGUUCGACAAUGAGUGUAUCGCACUGACACUGACAAUGACGUAAUAACAAAACGGUGUAACAGUAUUAUAAUUAUCAUUGUACCGUUGAGUGUUAAAUUUAAAAAAUUCUUUUAUUGAAACAAAAAAUAUGGCUAAGUUCUACGUCCGUUUCGUUAUUUUUGUUAUUUUAGCCGCUUGCACUUGCGGUGGUAAAACCGAGUGCAAUUCACGUGCUCAGAUAUCUCUUCUAACGGGUGUUCAUAACGAUGCGUCUUGCCAUAAAGUCUCUACCAAAGGAGUUCUUCUUUACGAGGCAGCAAAAUUCCUGACAGACGCGCACAAUAACCGGACCAACGGAUUUAAAUUAGAAAUGGCCGUUCUAGACACUUGUGGCAGCAUAGCAGGUGCUCUUAAGGCAGCGAUGAAAGCAUUGGUUUGGGCGGACAUUAAUUGCUUACAGCCGCCUCAUUACUUGGGUAUCAUCGGUCCGGAUACUGCGACCAAUGCCGAGGCUGUACAGAAAGUUACUUCAGUCUUAAAGAUCCCACAUAUUGUAAGGAAGGGAUCGAAUUCCCCAUAUUUACAUUACCUUGCCAAGGAAUCAGACAAUUACAUAGUACAGGCUACUCUCCAAGUCAUAAAUGCUCUCAAAUGGAAAUCAUUCACACUGGUAGCUAAUGUUGAUAAGGAGAAUGAUGAUGACAUACAAAAUAUUGCCAAGAAGUUAACUGUGGGCGCCAUUGCCAAAGGACUCUGUGUCUUGGUGCAAGAUAACGAUGAAGAUCUCACGUCUCAGGUCAUUCAUAUUGGCAAGCCUGAUAUUAAUUUCUUCAGCAGUCCCAUUAAUGCCACUGUCUUGGUGGUCAGCGAAGGGAAUCUAGAAGCUCAUUUAAAUCAUGUUAAUUCCACCAACACUAUACUUCUUUUGGAGGAUGACAGGAGAGACCUAGAGGGUUUGGAGGUUAAGGUCGAGCAGUCAAGAUGGUGGGCUGCCGAAAACGGGGCUGGGAAAUUUGAUCCGGAGGAAUUGAGAGACGUCAGGUGGCUGGAGGACGCCAUUGAGGUGUAUGCAAAGGCGCUGGAUACAACAUGCAAGAAGAAGAAGUGCAAGUAUCAGGUAAAUUUGCCGGACUGGAACAGCGCCCUGACCAAGGCGUUGUCUGCGCAGAACGCGGAAUCCCAAAAGGCAACCAGAACGUUGUCGUUAUCCAUAAAAAGCCGAGAUAGCGUCCUGGAGAACAUUGGUAAAUUAGUUGUUAAAAAAGACGUUGCUAAGAUUAUAUGGAAAACCGAGAAAGAUGACGAUGACGACGAUAACGACGAUGAUGAUCAAGAUGACGAUGCUGCACCUGGUAAAAAAUCCAAGGACGACAAAAUUGAUGAUGACCAUGAUGCUCUACCGGAAGUCGUGAAGAAAAUUAUUAUUAAUAACAAAGAUUCGAAGACUGGGUGUGCCACUACGCCUAAGGAAGUAAAGAUUCUUCGUGAGGAAGACGAAGAUGAUGCCAGGGUUGUGGUCUCUGAAAUGGAUGAUUCAGAAUGGUGGACAAUGGUUGGAACCGUCAGUGGAGUCGGAGUCGCCAUGUUCGUUGUUGGUAUUCUCGCUGUCUACGUAGUCUACUCGAAUAUACGUGGCCCCGUAAGCCCGAAGAAUAAGUCUGGGAAAGGCCGUAACGACAGAGACACGAGUCUGCGGAGAGUAGGAAGCGACCGGGAAAUGCCGAGCAGCAACACCGGAAGAAAUCAAAGGCAGCAGCAAUUUGCGCAGAGAAGAGAUAGCAAUAGAAGUAUCAGUAGCAACGUGUCUGACAAGAGUGUCUGACUCGUUAAGAAUUUUUUAAAUGUAUAUAUUCAAUGCAUUGCAGCUAACAGUUAAUUAGGUAAUCUAAACUGAUUAACGUAUAUUUCUAGCUCAGUCGGGAUAAGAAAAUUCAAAGUUAUUUAUUGCCAACGACAUAUGAAUUCAUUAAUUUCUGUAUUUAUUAAAUGUGUAAUGAUAUAAUAAAUAUGCCGUACGUAACGACUUCAAUAUGCUAUUGCAAAUUGUUCAACUACCUUAACUACGCUUGUUUAUGGUAGUAAAGUGGAUUCGAUUGGUUUAACUGUUAGAUACUAAUUACGUUCGAGAAUGUGUUAUAAUAAAUGUUCUAUGAGGUAAUUAA